CUCUCUCUACUCUUUCUUUAAUUACCAGUUAAUCUCAAUUAUCGUUCGAGUCUAACAAGAAACCCAAACAAACAAAGAAAACAAAAACAAGCUUCUGUCUGCUGUGUCCCGUGUCCGCUAAUAUUCAUUCACGAGUCAAACUUAUAAGCGGUUUGAGCUGUUUUCAUAUCAGCAGCAGCAGCAAUGGCUGUAUCCGUCACUGACUAUGUUAGUACUUCAACCAAACAAUCUCAUUGGCUGGUGUCUAUCUUUUCUGGCAUCAUUGUCUGCAUCAUUGUUUACAAAUUAACAGGUUAUAUUAGCCUCCUGUGCUUCAAGGGUUAUGGCAAACUAAGCAGUGGAGUGAAAGUAGAGUGGAAUAACAGGGGAUUCUCAACAUUCCAUGCUCUUAUAGUAGCAUUUGCUUCUCUCUACCUCCUGUUGUUAUCAGAUGAAUUUGAUGAAAAAUCUCAUGGUGACCUUAUAAUAAAUAGGACAUCUACUUUAUCAGAUACGCUAUUGGGGGUGCCUUUCCCUAGGAUAGAUUUCGAUACUUUUUAGCUAGCAAGAAAGGAGAAGAAGAAUAAAUCACUCAUAGAGAUGUCAAGGAAGUCUUGAUGCUGUAAGAAGUCGAACAAUAUAAAAUGAAAGAUGGGAGUGGAUCAUCUUCUCUACAGAAUGGCGUUUUUAGAACUUUAAGGAAGUUGAAAGGUAAAAGUUGGGUUAUCAUCAACAAUUAUAUAUUUUGCGGUGAUUUUGUUAAUGGAAUGCCAUUUUAAGUUGUAGUUCUAAGGCCAAGGGGACUAUUCUUUGCUUUAGGGCUUAGUAGAGAUCUCUUAUGAGGAGUAUAUUUGGUGAGAGCAUGAGACUUAAAUGGUAAAGACCAUGAGGCUCCUGUGGUUUUUUUAUGGGGAUUUCAGAUGUAUCCUAUUG